UGAAACAUAAUUGACAUGGCGGAAUCUCCCACCAAACGGACUAGAGGUGGACGGACGGGCUGGGGAUUACUGAAGUCUCUGACGUUAAAGGGGAUAAAAGUAAAAAUCUCCGGAUUUUGAGCAUACAUUUAAAGCAACAAGGAAAAGGCUCCAUGAAUGUACGUCACAAUGAUGAUGACAGACCAGAGUCUGGACCUGCAGCCAGCCUUGCUGAGCGACGAACUUCCCAUGAUGCACCACAUGAUGAACCGUGACACAUCGCAGCAAGUCAUACUGGUUCAGGUGAACCCUGGAGAAACUUUCACAAUAAGAGCUGAAGAUGGGUCCCUGCAAUGCAUCCAAGGUCCUGCUGAAGUCCCGAUGAUGUCACUCAAUGGCUCCAUCCCUCCUAUCCAUGUACCGCCAGGGUAUAUCUCCCAGGUUCUGGAGGACAACACUGGGGUUCUUCGGGUGGUGGUCACGCCACAUUCGGAGUGCUACCCCCCAAGCUAUACACCGGCCAUGUCGCCCACCCACCAUCUGCCCCCAUACCUGGCACACCCCCACUUCAUCCCUGGCACUACGGCUUUCUACCCGCCUACCAGCACGGGAGAACUGGGCCCGCAUCAGUACUACCAUCACCGCCUCCCCCACAUGUAUGGAGAGGAGAUCAUUCCUCUUUAUGGGAUGUCCAGCUGCGUGGGGCGGGAGGAGCCGUAUUGCAAGCCGCAGCCCAAAAAGUUGAAAGAGAGGCAGCUGGAGCGGCAGAACCGGCUCAACAGCCCGCCCUCGUCCAUCUACAAGAGCACCGUCACCUGCUCCGCCCUCACCACCUAUAACGGCUAUGGCAAGGGCCACGCUGGCAUGGGCUUUGGCCUGGGUGUGGCCGGGGGAGGGGGAGGAGGCAGGGCCGGGAGCCCGGGCGUCAGGAAGAUGGACCGUCGGGCCCGGAGCAGCCCCAGAAACAAUGAUCUGGACCUGCAAGAUCAUGAAUCUGAAACAAAGAGCCUUCAGGACAAGCUUUCAGGAAUGGACAGACCACAGGUUUCCAGCGUCCAGGCUCGGGCGGCUAGGCUGAGCUGGGCCCCCCCUUCGGGCCUGCAGAAGGGGGAUGGGAAAGCCAACGGGCUCCCGAGCUCUUGCGGCUACGAGGUCACGCUGUCCGACAAGGGGCGAGAUGGGAAAUACAAAGUCGUGUACAGUGGAGAUGAGCUGGAGUGUAAUCUGACUGAUCUGAGACCAGCCACAGAAUACCAUGUGAGGGUGAGCGCUAUGUACAAUGACGUGAGAGGGUCCUGUUCAGAGGCGGGGGCCUUCACGACCCACAGCAGCAUUCCUGACUGCCCCUCUCCACCCCGGCUGUCCCAUCGGACCAAGAGCACUCUCACUCUGCAGUGGAAGUUUCAGCCCCCCGUAGACAACGGAUCAAAAAUCACCAGUUACCUUCUAGAGUGGGACGAGGGAAAAAAGAAUGGCAGUUUCAAAGAAUUUUAUUUUGGGACCCAAAGGCACUGUAAGCUGACACGUCUGUGCCCAGCCAUGGGGUACUCAUUUCGACUGGCAGCAAGGAACAGCAUGGGCACCAGUGACUUCAGUUCAGAAGUGCUCUUCUACACAAUUGGAAGUCUCCCCCAGUUACAUGUGGCGCCGCGGCUGGUCCGAGCCGGUGUCACCUGGAUCACACUGGAAUGGAGCCGUGCUGACGGCUGCAAGGCUGACGAAGUCAUCACCUACACCUUGGAGAUCCAGGAGGAGCACAGUGGAGAGGAGUUCCAUCCCAGGUACUGUGGAGAGAAGCUGAUGUGCACAGUGGAUGGUUUGAAGAGGAGCACGCAGUACAAGUUCAGGCUGGUGGCCUCCAGUACAGAGGGGAGGAGCAGCCCCAGCGCAGUCCUGGUGUGCAAUACAAGUCCAGACAAGCCGGGAACACCCACAGAGCUUCGCCUGAAGGGGGCAGUCACAUCCAACAGCUUCUGCGUCACAUGGGACCCUCCAGAAGACAACGGGGGCUCAGAGAACCUGAUGUAUCUCUUGGAAAUUUUGGAAGGAGACUCUGAUGGGAGUCCAUGGGAAGUCGCGUACAGCGGUGCUGCCACAGAACAUGUGUGCGACCAGUUAAAACCUGGCAUUUUGUACAGACUACGGAUCUGCUGCAUCAGCACAGGUGGUCACAGUCAGUGUUCGGAGAUUGGGCCGGUCCACACGCUCAAAGUGGCCCCAGGCCCCUGUCAGCCACCAAGGAUUGUGGGUAAAGCUAAACACAAAGAGGUGCACUUAGAGUGGGAUUGCCCAUCCUGCGAAGGGACAAAUGAAGUGACACAGUACAGCCUGGAGAUGGGUGGUGUGGACAUGGAGCUUGCCCAGGUGUACCAUGGAUCCGACCUCGAGUGCACCGUGGCCAGCCUGCUCCCCGGCACCACCUACAGUUUCCGCCUGCGAGCCGCCAAUGACGCCGGGUUUGGACCGUACUCUGAAGCCACAGAGGUGACAACUGCAGCUGGUCCUCCUGGCCAGUGUGGGGCACCAGUACUGAGCUUAACGUCUGAUUGCUGCAUCCUGGUGAGCUGGGAGGGCCCAGAGACAUCCGGGACCGACAUAUCGGAGUACCGGCUGGAGUGGGGCCAUGACGAGGACUCACUGGAGCCCAUCUACUGUGGUACUGAAACCCAGUAUGAGAUAUCGGGUCUGGCACCAGCAAUAUACUACUGCUGUAGACUACAGGCAGCCAAUCAGGCGGGAGCAGGACCCUACAGCGAGGUGGUGGGAUGCCAGACCCCUCCCACCGUGCCUGGCCCUGUCCCAGCCUUCUUUCUCAUGGAGUCUGACCCCACAGAGGGCCGAAACUUAUCCCCCUCAACCUGCCUUGCUCUGAAGUGGGAGGAGGCCUGCGACAAUGGGUCAGAGGUCACAAACUACAACAUCAUGAUCUGCAAUGAGCAGAUCGGAAACGAGCUGAUCACCAUCGGCCGCCUCAAUUGUCAUGUGAUGGAGGGCCUGGAGCCAGACAGCGAGUACAGCCUUCGGAUCCAGGCCACCAAUGAGUUUGGCACCGGACCGUUCUCCCAGCCCCUGCUGGUCCGGACCUGGCCACUGCCCCCUGCACCCCCCCACCUGGACUGCGCUGCCUCAGGACCCCAGAGCUUGAAACUCAAGUGGGCCAACAGCAACAGUGCCAAGCUGACACAUAGCAAUGAUGUGGCCUACGUCCUACAGAUGGAGGACAGGAACCAGAGGUUUGUCACAAUCUACCGGGGGCGAAGCCACACCUACAAGGUGCAGAGGCUUACAGAGUCCAGCAGCUACAGCUUCAGGGUACAAGCAGUGAGCGAGGCUGGAGAGGGGCCCUUCUCCGACCCCUACACCUUCAGCACCACCAAGUCUGUGCCCCCUGCGCUGAAAGCCCCCAGAGUGGUCCAGCUGGAGGGAAACAUGUGUGAGGUCACAUGGGAGACUGUACCACCAAUGAGAGGAGACCCGGUCAGCUACGUCCUCCAGGUCCUGGUCGGGCGGGAGUCGGAAUAUAAGCAGGUGUUCAAAGGAGAGGAGGCGGUGUUCCAGGUCACAGGCCUGCAGUCCAACGCGGAGUACCGCUUCCGCGUGUGCGUGUGCCGGCGCUACGGGGGAGGCCCUCAGGAGCUGUGCGGACCCUUCAGCCCCGCCUCGCUCUUCUGUCCGCGCCAGACUGAGCUGGCACUGCCCGGGGAGCCUGGGAGCUCUGAGCUGGGCAAGGCCCACCGUGUCAUCUCCACUGACGAACAGUUUGCGGCCGUCAUCGUCCUAGGCUUCGCCGCCCUCUCUAUCCUCAUGGCCUUCAUCUUACAGUACUUCAUCAUGAAGUGAAGGGAGAAUCACCGCACUCUUGUGAAAGGACUGAGAAAAGAAUGGGGAGUAGGGAACAUGAGGUAUAGUUUUUUUACUUUAAAUCAACACAUUUUAUUCCCGUAUGCAUAUGUAUUUCUCUCACCCUGUCUCUCUCUCUUUCUAAAUGUUACCUGUUUCUUUCUCUCUACCCUAUCUGCAUCCUCUCAUUCAGACGUCUGACAAUUUUAUUUGUUGGUUGGUAUAGACUUAACCUUAACAGAAGCCUUUACAUUUGCUAUGCAUUGACUGGGAAAGAAAAUUCUUAAUAAAAAGCCUUAAAGAACCAUGAGCAAAACUAGGCAUUAAGGAUAUCUGAAUUUAUGUGUCAAACAGAAUUUUCUCUCAUGCAUUGAUGGCUUUUAUCUUUACUGUUCUGUCUGGACUAGUUUCUACGUUCUCUCCCCACAUCUGUCGUUAAUGUGGGCUGUCUUUGCUGUGCAGUCACAGUUAUUUACAUGCAAUGCUGCUAUCCUGUGUUUUUAAAAGAGUGAAACCCUGUACUUUAACAAGUUUCUGUGAAGAGACAUGCACAUCAACAUUAUGUACAUGCAGGCUGAGGAAUACCCACAUAUACAUAAGAGGAAUAAUAUGGCAUUUAAUGUAAAUGUCCUUAAUGGCAUGUUACUUCUUAAGACCAAUAUUAAGUGUAUUACAGUAAUUUGGUACUGUAUAAAGGGGCCUCGGUUUGAAGAAUCACAGAGUGGUGCGUUCAACGUUUGCUUAUUAGCUACUUUGUUCAAGUGUGGAGCAGGUGUUUGCUUGUGGCCUUAAACUUUGACACAGAGAGAAAAGCUUCAAUAUGGUGUGCUGACACGUAUUACCUUCUGCUCACUGUCUGGAGUGUGCCCUGCAUCUUCAUCACCUCACCUGUAUGAAAAAUAUAACAGCCUAAUAAUCUGUCUCUCUCUCUCUCUCUCUCUCUCUCUCUCUCUCUGUUUUCUUAGGAGACUAACUAUAACACUAGCGCACAUUCCAAAGUAAUCUCUUUAAAACCUUUUGCCAGCUGUGUUCUUCAAGAAUAGCUGAACAUAUUUCACAUUUAAUUAUUCCAAAGAGCAUUUCCACCGUUUCCACUUUUUAGAAGGGCUUUUACGUCAACAUUGAGGAAGAGAAGUUUUGAGUAGCAGAACACUCUUCUUUUCUGCUAACCACCCAAACCAUCAGUUGCCUUUGCAUUACCUCAGGGACACAGAUUUAGAAGGGAAAAUUUGAGGAUUACAUUUAUUAGAGCUCCAAACCAUACCUUUACUGUACAUCACUGCCAUCUUGAUCAUGGCAUCCUGAUUUUUUGCCCCUCCUCCCCCCUUUUAAUAUCACAGCUUCUGUAUCUCCCUUCCCCAUGGUUUACCUGCAUUGCAGUGUCCACAUGCAAAGAUUUUCACUAGUUCAAAAAAUACCUUAACCAAAGUUAAUGCAAAAAUAAGACAUGGUUCAGUUUUUUAAGGUUAUUUAUAUUGGAUAAAGUACUUUAAAUGGCAAUUACAGUGCAAUCUUCAUUUAUUUAUUUUUAAAAGAUUAAGCUGAGUAGCAAUAUACUCUUCCCCCUUGUAAUAUGUUUUUUCCUGUUUUUAUGUUGAUUUAAUUUAGAUUCAUAAUUAUAGUUCAGCAUUCCAAUAAUCAGUAACCUUUUCUGUAUUUUUGACGUAAUGGUUGUUGUUGCUGAUGAUUGUUUUAGCUUUUCCAUUAAUUGACAACAUGUAGCACAUUCAAUGUCAAUAUCAUUAAAGACAAUGUUUACAUGUAACCAAAAGCGUAUUCAUCUCCUUUCAAAUCUGUUUUAUCUUCAUAGAUAUGUAGCAAAUGUUUACCAAGGUUAUCGUUUUCUGUAACAGGAUUCAAUUGUAGUAGCUCAAUUUGGAAUAUGCUAUGAAAGUGCGGCGUCAUCUACGUAAAUAUGUACGUGGUAAUUACAUAACAACUGAUUAAUGACACUCAGUCCAAAUAAAAUGGUGCCUCCCAUUAGUUCACACGGCAUCUCACCUUUCCGACGACGCCAAAACUAACAAAGCAUGGUAAACUGCAGUACAGCAUAUCCCGUGCUAAUGUUUUCUGUUUGGUUUCUUGUUAAUGUAAGUGAAUUACAAUUUAUCACGGACUGACGUUAACAAUGAUAGCCCUCUUGGCUAAGAAACAGUCUUCUUAAUCUUUCCUGGACCACUUUCCUGGUCAUUGCAGUGUGGGCAAAGGAUCAAGGGUAAGCAUGUUGACAUCAAAUUCCAGUGAUGUAGGCACUUUCAUGGCAUUUUGCAAAAUGGCAUUCUAAAGCCUAUAUCAUACCAUUUGCCAAAUCUAAGGCAUUUCCACUUCAUUUUCAUUUAUAUUUAAAGGCUUAUGUGACAAAUGUUUUAAAUGACAGUUUACCAUUAUAUUAGACUGUUCUCUGAUAUAAUUGCCAUUUUUUUAAAUGGAAUGUGCCAUUUAAUUGUUUGACCCCUUUGAAGGGGUUUUUCUUUCACACUGAGAAGAAAACAAUCCUUGCAAUCAAAUAAUUUUUUCACAGGGGUUUUUGUUUGUUGGGUUGUUUAAUUUCCUUUUAUUUUUUCAUAGUUCCAGAGAACAUAUCCAGUAUUUUGGUAAUGUUUUUUUUUCAUUACAUAUAAUAUGUUGGUUAUACAAUAUCUAACAGAAGUGAAGCACUUUUAAAGAAAAACUGUAGUCUUUAUCAAAUGUAUCAUUUAAGGAUAUUGCUUUAAUUAAGCAGUGCAUUGGUCACACAUCUUUCAGUGCUGUUGCAUAAGUAGCAAGGAACUGUAGAGUUCUGUGCCAAGGUGCACACAAAAAGGAAGAAAUGAAACUAGUAACUUCAAAUUCUAGUUGUACUGUACUGUGCCUCUUUGGCAGAUGUUUUUUCCUUUUUUUGGGGGGUGGGUGGGUGGGGGCCAGGUUCCUGUUGUGUAAGGCCGUGGGACGAAGCAAAAUAAGUUCCUCUACCGAACAGUAUCUGGGCAUCAUCACUAACAUCACUAAUUAAAAUAUUGAAUUUUAAAUACAAGCGAGUAGCAUGGCCAGUGAACAUCACAUUGAGUAUUAAAAUACACAAAAAGGGAUUACUGUAUUUGAGGUACUCUUAUGCUAACUAAAUAAUGUUGCUACAAAAAGCAACUAAUGUAGUUAUGUCCAGCUAUGUAACAAUAUCAAAUUGCUCCCAUUAAUUUCCAGUAGGAAUAGCCUGUCUAUUUCGCUAGGUGCUUGCUAUUUCAGAAUAUUGUAAGUUUCAUAUUUUUCAUAUUUUCAGCUUUUUUAUUUGCUCAACAGAAAAUACUCCUUGCAUGCCAUUGUAAUUCAUCACAUUAUUAUUAAAUGUUCUACCUUCUGGUCAAGGAACUUAUUUUGCACUACACUGUUUUAGUGGAGUAGAGACUUUGCAAAUUCAAAAUCCAUUUUUUAAUAAUGAUAUUCAAGGUGCGUGGGGAAAAAAUCUGAAAGAAAUGUUGGAAUAGGUUUUUCCCAGCAACCUGACAUGCUUUUACAGGACAUGAUUUGAAAAAUGUAUCAGUACUUCUCCCUCUCAGAUUAAAAAGGAAAAUAUUUUUACCUCAAAAAACAUUCCAAGUUUUCAUGAUUCACAAUUUUUGAAAAUUAUCUUGUAUUAAAAUUCAAUUCUUGUAUUGUACAUUUUUAGACUUGCAUUAUAUGAAAAUUACUGCAAUACCAAUUGUAUAGUUUUUUGCAAAUGCUGUCCGAUGUAUGUAAAACUUUACCUGUAGCGUAUAUGUAAUAUAUUUAUGCCCAAUAAAUGUUUCAAUUUUUCUGA